AUGAAGAUAGUCCUAGCAGGCUCAACCGGCUUCAUCGGCCAGGAAGUUCUCCAGCAAUGCUUAGACAGUUCCAAAACUACCUCGGUGGUGGUGCUCUCGCGCCGCCAGUUACCUGCGCAAAAAGAUCAUGACAAAGCUAAGAAACUGCGAGUCGUUCUGGUGGAUGAUUUCCUGUGGUAUCCCGAUUCGGUCAGGGAUAUGAUUAAGGAUGCGGAUGCAUUUAACAGGGUGAGCAGGACACUGGGCAAAGCGCGCAUGCCCGAUAACGAAACAGCUCGCCGUGUGAGCGUGGACUAUACGCUCGCCGCCGUGCGGGCGUUGCAAGAGACGACAGAGAACAAGAUCCGCUUUGUGUAUUGCAGCGGAGCCGCGGCAGAGUGUGAUCAUAACAAGCCGUUAUGGUUUAUGCAGGAGUAUCGACGGAUUCGAGGCCAAGUGGAAACUGAGCUGAUGUCCCUGGCCGAGGCACACCCAGAUCACUUCGAUGCGUACAUCAUGCGCCCCGGCAUGGUUAUGUCGUCCGAGUUGACCCUGCGCAGCAUGUUGCUGUGCCUGACGACCUCCGUGCGGGUGGAUGUGUUGGCGGCCGCCAUGCUGGAUCUGGCAUUGGAUGGCGUCGAGAAAAAGACAUGGGAGAAUGAUGAGAUCAUCCAAGCGAAUAAAGAUAAAUGA